AUGGACGACGGGAAGUGGACGAGCAUCCUCAGCGCCGGCUCUUUCUCGGCUCUUACGACGCUCUUUGAGCUACCUCUGACUCCGCCUGAGACGCACGAGAUCGGUGGACGUGCAGCAGCGGAUGGUUCAGACUCAACCCUUGCCACGACAGGCGCGCCCGCAGCUCUCGCUCGUUCGGCACCUCCCUCCCGCUACAACGACCACGAGCGGGUUGUUUACCCUGCUCAGUCGGCGAAGAGCCAUGACUGCUACAUCUCGACGCCCUUUGUGCUCGCCAACGAGCCAUACUCGACGCACCAGCCGCCUCGACGUCCUCAUCAGUCUCCGCUGCUCGAACUGGUAUACAGCUCCAAGUCAAGACCGCCAGGCGCAGCACUGCAAGGUUUCAGCGACGCUGGAACCCGUCAAACAUCGACCUACAGCAUUCUCGACCUCCGCGACGCCUCUUCGUCCGCCCUCCGCCCGCUCGCUUCUCCUUCACCACGACAUCCACCUCUCCGCAUCCUCUGCCGGUGGCUGGGACCACGGCAGAGACAGGAAGGCAGCACGGGAUGGUGA